AUGGUGGGCAUCGGCGGUCGGAGCAAGGGCUGUCGAACCUGUCGGCGGCGCAAAGUCAAAUGCGAUGAAGGGAAGCCGGGUUGCGAACGCUGCAGCAAGUCUGGCCUCGAGUGUGAGGGCUAUGUCAAGUACCACGAGUUCGUGAAUUUAACAGCUCGCUUGACUCGCAAUGACCCCCCGACGAAGGAGCCUGUGACGGAAACUGCGUUGGCUGCCAACGCAGAUGGUGACAGCCCCGGGGAGCAGGGUCGCGAAAUCCAAGUCUCGUUGAUGAUCAAUCCUCCCUGGGAUGAGGACAGUAUUUUUACAUCUUAUCUCAUCCACAGACUGUUUAGCUGGCAUGAGGAUGACUUGUCGUCGUACUCGGCGUCCUGGAUUUCAGUACUUUUCCGCCAUGCCGAUGAUCCAAGAGGUCUGUCCAUGUCUUCAGUGCGUGCUUUGGCGACUUCCUACUUUGGGAAGGUCCAUGGUCAUCCAGAUCUCAUGCGCAAGGGCGCAAGCUCGUACUCCCAGGCUCUGCGAAGUCUGCGCGGACAGUUACAGCAUUCCGAUCAAGUCUUAGAGUCGGACGUUGUCAUCGCGGUCGUCUGUCUUGGGAUUUAUGAAUUGGUUACCUUUACACAACCCUGGGGUUGGCUGCAACAUUACAAGGGCUUGUCACGACUUUCUAUUGGGCAUAUUGUUGAUCGCAAACGUUGUUUUCUGGAAGAUCCAGCAUGGAAAACAAUCCCCUGGGCCGAGAAAGGACAAGAGGCAAAGACACCAACAGAUCGUCUGCACGACAUUCUAUGUGAUAUCCCCGGUAUUCUGGAGGAUUAUGAUCGGACCUUAGACCCAAUGACACCCAGUCAGGCACAAGUCAGAGCGGAGCUCUGCACAAAAAUACUAUCCACGAUGAAUGCCCUCUAUAACUGGCGCUGGGCCUGGCAGGAGGAAUUUCCAGAUGCAACAUAUCUCACUGUUCCAAACAAUGCCGACUCACCACGUUCGAUGCAAUUACCUCCCAGUCCAUUCCAGACAGUCAUUUGGUUUCGAGACCCUCUCCGUGCCACCGAGCUGGUCUUUUACGAUUCAUUGCUGUUGAUUCUGCAAAGUAUGUGUGAGUGGUUUGGUAUAAGCAUGGAACCCUCUUUUGCGCCACUCAUGAGCGACCCUCUUCUUCCGAUGCAGGGAACUAGAAUGGAUACCACUCUUGAGAUUUGCAGGAUGGCAGAUUACCAACUCCAUGGCCUUCGGCGCAGCUCCGGGGCGUUUAUGCUCCUGUUUCCGCUCAAUGUAGCGUAUCGGAAUCUUGUUCCUAACUCGGCUGAGGCUCUGUGGUUGGAGAAAAUCAUGGCUUUUAUUGCAGACACGCAUGGGUUCGAGAUGGGUCGGAGGGAGAAUAUGCCCAGGCCUUAA